GCUGCAGCUGCCUGCCCUCCCCUGCCCUCCCCAUGCCUUCUCCUUUAGCCAUGGUGAGUAAACUGAAGGGAGCAGCCAUCGGAGCCACGGCCUUAACAGGAGUGGUGCUCAUUGGCAUCCCGCUGGCCGUCGGUGCACUGGGCUUUACACCAGCUGGCAUCGCCGCCGGCUCCAUUGCUGCCAAAAUGAUGUCAGCAGCUGCCAUAGCCAACGGCGGGGGGGUGGCUGCCGGCAGCACCGUGGCUGUGCUGCAGUCCAUCGGAGCUGCAGGUUUGCCUCUUGCUGCCAAAAUUGGGCUGACAACUACCCUAGGGCCAUUAGGUGCAGCAGUUGGUGCCAUGUUUUCCAAGGGGAAGAAGCCUCCAGGUGAUGACAGUCAAAACAGCAGUGACGAUGAUGACGAGGAUUCUGAUGGCAUGGAAGGCACUGGGAAGCCCCCAGAGACCCCAGCAACUUGCCCACCCUCAUAA